AUUAUUUCAACAAGUUGCAACCGCCAAUGCACAACACCAAAAUUCAUUGGCGAAACUACGAUUUGAUACGAAUCGUCCUGAUCCACACUAUGAAAUUGACGAUUUGGUAUUGAUUAAAGUUCUGGAUAAGUCGUCCAAAUUGGAAGCACAAUUUGAAGGACCAUACCGCAUUACUGAACAAAAAGGUCCUACAACCUUUGUGGUCAAAAUUGAAGAUCCAGAAGAAGAUGAUAAUCCUAAUUUCACUAAGCAAGUUACUACAUGUGAUAUGAAACGUGUUAUUACGCGCGAUAUUUGA